AUGGAAUCAUCCGCGUCCGGUUCAGGAGAAUCGCAAACUCAAAAAAGAAGUGUUAUUUGGAUGCAUUUCACCAAAAUAUCGGAAGCUAAUGCAAAGUCUGAUCUUUGGAAAAAUAUUUAUUCGCAUAAAAAUGGAAACAUUAGCAAUUUAAGGAAGCAUUUGAAAACUAAACAUCCGACUCUUUCAUUGGAAGGAGAAAGGGCAAAACGGCGGGUGGAAGACGAAAAUAUGCCUAGGUGCAAAAGGAACUUAGUUUCAGCAGGAGUCCCCUCACAAGUGAUUGAAAUGGCAGAUAUAGUACUACAAUCUGAGUCUUCUUGCUUCUCUGGACUUACAGAUGAUUCUGAACUAGAAUAAAGCAUAUAUAUAUAUACAAAACCAAAUUAGGGACUUCUUCUACAUAGUGAGAUACUAAUGCAUAGAAAUACUUCAUGAAAUUAAACACUAAAUAAUAGUAUGAGUUAUAAAAAUCAAUGCACAUAUAUAAAAAAUACACAAAAAAUCAAAAGGAACUAUAGUUUUAAUCAAAGUAUGAGC